AUGCACGCCACAGAGAAGAACCGCAUCUCCACCUGCUCCACAGACAACGGCUCCGUGGACGCACACGGCGGUGCCAGCCUCGCGCCCGUGCUCUCCAACCAAUCGGCCAGCUCCGUCGACGCCAAGAAGGCAGAGUGCGGCUCGCCCGUCUCGAUCUCGGUCAGGGACGCUGCUGACGCUCAAUCGCCAGUCACUUCAGCACCGCAUACCCGCAGCUCUUCACACGCCUCGGCAGCAGCUUCACCAUCGCGUUCGGACAACAUGCCAGCCUCGGCCGCGGUGCACCUCAGCACGCUGCUCGUCACGGGCCAGCGCAAGACGUGGAAGUUUGGCCCCAACGAGACCGUCGAAGCGGUGCGAAACCACAUCUGGAACCACUGGCCCGAGUCGUGGCCGCAGCCCAAGCCCGAGUCGUCGGCCUACUUGAGGCUGCUCCACCUCGGCCACAUCCUCGACUCGCCCGAACUCACGCUGGCAUCGCGAGGCUGCAAAGCCGGCACAACCACCGUCGUUCACAUUAUCAUUCGAUCGCUCCCACCACCGGAGCCCACCAAAGUGGAGCAGGGUAAGUUUGAUCCCACAUGCUCGACCCAAGGCCGUGGUACACGUCGUUCUGACCCUCUUCCUAUGCUCACCAACUGUAUGCCAUCAGAAUCGCCCGUCAAGACCACGGCAGCUGAGCCAGGACAGGCACGUCGAGGCACCCGCCAGCAGGAAGACACACCCGGCUGCAGCUGCGUCAUCUGCUAG